AUGCGUGAUGAAGUUUCAAAGUAUGGAGAUGUGGUUCUCAGCGAAGAAGAAGUCCAAGAGUUAGUUGUGUUGUGUAGCCUCAGCAAGAAUAGCUCAAUAGUUCAACUCUUAGCUUCCGAGAAACUAAACGGCGAUAAUUAUUCGGUAUGGAAAUCAAAUCUAAAUACAAUUCUGGUAGUUGACGAUCUAAGAUUUGUCUUAACUGAGGAAUGUCCUCAAGGCCCAGCCUCAAAUGCUAACCGAACUGUUCGGGAAGCAUACGAUCGAUGGGUCAAAGCCAAUGAAAAGGCCCAUUUUUACAUUCUUGCCAGCAUGUCUAAUUUUUUGGCAAAGAAACAUGAAUCCUUAGCUACGGCUAAAGAGAUAAUAGAUUCAUUAAGAGAAAUGUUUGGGCAACCAUCGUGGUCCCUUAGACACAAGGCAAUUAAGCACAUUUACACAAAGUGGAUGAAGGAGGGGACCUCUGUUAGAGAACAUGUCCUGGACAUGAUGAUGUACUUCAAUAUCGCUGAAGUAAACGACGGACCCAUUGAUGAGGCUAAUCAGAUUAGCUUUAUCUUACAAUCUCUUCCGAAGAUUUUUAUACCUUUUGAGACAAAUGCGUCUUUAAAUAAGAUAGAAUUUAACCUCACUACCCUUCUUAACGAGCUCCAGCGAUUCCAAAACCUUACUUUAGGUAAGGGGAAGGAAGUGGAAGCAAAUGUUUCUACCACUAAGAAAAAAUUUAUAAGAGGAUCGUCCUCUAAAAACAAAGCUGAACCCUCUAAAGCUCAAAUGAAAAAGAAGGGAAAAGGGUAG